GCUGAGCUGUCCUUCACUUUCCUCCUCCUCCUCCUCUCUUCGUCUCCGGCGCAUAAUAUUCUCUUCCUUUUCCCUUCCGGGUCUUCACAGACUCUCACUUAGUCCACUCCACCCUCACCCCUCCGCCUCCUCCCCCAGUAUUCCGAUUAGGGUUUCCUGCUUCUCUCUCUCUCCCCUUUUCUUUCGCAUGCUCUAAUGCUUCGUGACCACAAUAUCCUAAACCCUCAAUGUAUGCUCACUCCCAACCCAUGAAUCUCCCCUCCCAGAUCCCUUCCUCCUCCGCCGCUGAACCUGACGACGACGACUCUUCUGCAUCUCCCGUCCCCGAUUCCCAUCACCACAUUCCAUAUGACCCUCAAACUGACGCCGUUCUCGUCGAGGGCGUCGGCUCCGAUUCUAUAUAUGUAACGGAUGCUGGCGGCCCCGACUUGACGGUUCAGCGGGCUGAUGGGUCCAGCCAGCUGACGCUCUCCUAUCGAGGGCAGUUUUAUGUCUUUGAUGCUAUUUCGCCCGAUAAGCUUCAAUCGGUUCUAUUACUGUUGGGGGGAUGCGAAUUGGCUUCAAAUUCCCAUGAAGUGACACCUCUAAACCAGAGGGGUGUUGUGGAUUUUCCAGGUAGAUGUAAUCAACCACAGAGAGCAGCCUCAUUAAGUAGAUUUCGACAGAAGAGAAAAGAACGGUGCUUUGAUAAGAAAGUCAGAUAUAGUGUCCGCCAGGAAGUGGCACUUAGGAUGCAGCGCAACAAGGGUCAAUUUACUUCUUCCAAAAAGCCUGAGGGAUCAUAUAAUUGGGGUAGUGGUCAGGAUUUGGGACAAGAUGAUGGCAUGACAGAAACAUCGUGCACACAUUGUGGUGUUAGUUCAAAGUCUACUCCAAUGAUGAGACGUGGUCCAUCUGGUCCAAGGUCUCUAUGCAAUGCCUGUGGGCUUUUCUGGGCAAAUAAGGGUACUUUGAGGGAUCUUUCCAAGAAAAACCAUGAUCAUUCCAUUACUCCCAUUGAACAGGGUGACAGUGAAGCAAAUGACUCCGACUGUGGGACUUCCAUCCAUACAAAUGACAAUCUAGUUCCUUUCUCCAACGGUGAUAACUCAGCUCUAAUGGCAGAGCAUUAAAACACCUCUUCUCUUCUAUAGAAUAGACGUCAGACAUGUCAGCUAGGUAAUUCUAGGAACUUCUUUCAAACUUGUCCCAUAUGUACAGAUAUUAUUAUAAUGCCUUGAUCAAUACAUGAGGCUUCCUUUUAUUCUUCAGUACUUUGCAUAAGAUUACCUAUUGAGAAGAACAUGAACAUGCUUUGGAUUGGAUGUAUCCCAUAAAGCUUCGAUUAUUUUACCCUAGUAAUUUAU